GGACCGCUUAGCCCCCUCCAUCACCCUCAGAGAGAGCCUAGUUCCAGACCCGCCUGGGGACCUCUGGCAAGUUGAUAACCCCUCUCGAGCCUCAGUUUCACCAUCUGUAAAAUGGGAGCAGGGGAAUCGCUCUUGUGUGCGUCUUUCUAACCUUCAACCCAAGGCGACGGACACCUGGAAUUGUCGCCCCUGUGGGAACGACCUUGGGUGUGCGCGAUUCCUUGGCCGAAUUGACUGGGGAGCUUGGAGGACAAGGGAGGUUUUGUGAUUGAUGCAAGCAGUUAGCCUGGGUCGGAAGGGCCUAGGAAGAGGUGGGGGCAGAAGCAAGGAAGAUGUUACCGUCAGGCUGGGAAGAGUGGAAGACAGGAAGGAACUGGUGAUAGGCAGUGAGUGUAGCUCCCUUCUCCAAGAGCCGGCUGCUUCUGCUCAGCAUGGCAGUACUGUGGUAACAGAAUGCCGUGGGCCCGAAACGUGUGGAUGGGAAAGGGUUGUGAAGCAAAGGCUCGCUGGGAAAACUGCAGGAAGACAUGACGUAUACUUUAUCAGCCCACAAGGACUGAAGUUCAGGUCGAAGCGUUCACUUGCUAAUUAUCUUCUCAAAAAUGGAGAGACUUUUCUUAAGCCUGAAGAUUUUGACUUUACUGUACCAUCUAAAGGGGGCAUCAGGUCAGGUUAUAAAGACCAAAGCUUGGCAGCUCUGACUUCCCAGCAGCCAGAGGAAAGUGACAUUUCAAGCCGGAACCUCAGGACGCGAAGCAAGCGGAAAACAGAUGUGUUGCCUCCACCAAGUGGUAAUUCAGAGUCUCCAGGCAGCAGCAGCAGGCUGUCUCACUCUGGCCAUUUGAAAGACGAGGGCAUCCGUGAUGCUAACUCCGGAACGAGGAGAAAGCCCAAACGGAAGGCGGCUGCUUCCGAAGGAAUUGGAAGUGAGAAAACCAAACAAAGGUGUAGGAAGAGUCUCUCAGAUUCUGCUCGAAGUAACAGAAAAAAAGAAUCUGCGGUUCAGAAAGCAGAAGCUGAAAGUGAGCUGGUUCCACAGGAAUGUCAGCUCAACAGAACCCUCUACCCGGCCGAUGCCUGUGUAAACCAAGAGACUGUCAGCCAGGCUGAAGAGGAAAAGCCACCAAGUCCAGGAUCAGACCUUCAUUCCACCCAAGUAACUUCUGGCAUCACAGACAAACUGCAUUCAACGGAAGAUGCAGGUGAUGCGAAGCGCGAGCAGACUGUUUUAGAAUUGGAGGAAAUCAGAUCGAAGGGAGACCUAGACGGGGAGGCGCAUUUGCAUAUCGACGUUUUAGAGAGUAGCUCUGAAAUGCCCAGCUGCUCACAAGCCAAGAAACACUUUACUUCUGAGACGUUUCGAGAAGACAGCAUCCCACGAACUCAAGUAGAAAAAAGGAAAACAAGCCUGUAUUUUUCCAGCAAGUACAACAAAGAAGCUCUUAGCCCCCCAAGACGAAAAGCCUUCAAGAAAUGGACUCCUCCUCGGUCACCUUUUAACCUUGUUCAAGAAACACUUUUCCAUGAUCCGUGGAAGCUCCUCAUCGCGACCAUAUUUCUCAAUCGGACCUCAGGCAAGAUGGCUAUCCCUGUGCUUUGGGAGUUUCUAGAGAAGUACCCUUCAGCUGAGGUGGCCCGAACCGCCGACUGGAGGGAUGUGUCAGAACUUCUUAAGCCUCUUGGUCUCUACGAUCUCCGUGCAAAAACCAUCAUCAAGUUUUCAGAUGAAUACCUGACAAAGCAGUGGAGGUAUCCGAUUGAGCUUCAUGGGAUUGGUAAAUAUGGCAACGACUCCUACCGGAUCUUUUGUGUCAAUGAAUGGAAGCAGGUGCACCCGGAAGACCACAAGUUAAAUAAAUACCAUGACUGGCUUUGGGAAAAUCAUGAAAAAUUAAAUCUGUCUUAAAGCUGCCUGUUUGAAGUUUCCUAUACAUUGCUUUGUGCUUCCAUUUCCACGAGCCCUGUGGGAUACAGCAAGCUCCCUUCCCAGGCACGUGGAUCUUCUUCAGUCUGUUAGAAGUCAGUGUGUGUCUUAAGCCUUGCUACAAGUAGAUCCUUGUCACUGAGUGGUAUAGACAUAUUUUGAAUUUGAAAAAGUAAUUGUUGGGUAACAAUCCUAAAAGUGUGUUCAGUUUUUCCAGUGAUGAACAAUGCAUUGCUGCUCACAGCCAGUUGUCAGCACUCCUGCUGAGGAAAGGCUAAACGUGUAUUCUCUUCCUGUACGAAGUGAUAUUAGGGUGUACAGUUGUCAUUUGAAGAAAGAACCUGCCAUUCUUAUGGAUAUCGCAGCGUUACGGGCAUUUACCUCCUAAGAAAUGACCAAAUAAAAACUAAAUUGAGGGCUGGAGAGAUGGCUCAGCAGU